GUUCACACAUUAUUUAUCCCUCAGAUCUGUUUCUAGGGUUUUCUCUUUCUUUUCUCUUUCUUACUCACCGAACAGACGUCGGCUUUAACCCACCCAAACCUAAUCUUCCUUAUCUCUCUCUCUCUCUCUCUCUCUCUCUCUCUCUCUGUGUUAUCAGCUCAGCUCUCCCACUCCUUCUUUGGCAGCUCCUUGGUGAUUUCUUGGUCAAGUCUCCGAUCAGUGUGCCUUGCGGAUGUAACAAGGUGCUGGUAUAGCAUGUCCAACAAUCUGGUGUCUCAACAGCUUUCAAUGCCAGGCAGCCAGAUGGUUCGCCUGGAAGCGAUAUCUGACCAGUUGGGCUCUUCACUUAAAGCAGGGUUGAAGGCAUCUGAUACACCAAUGCAGCAGAUUCCGGUAUCAAGCACGGAAAUGGGGCUGAUGGAAGCUGGUAUUAGUGGCUCUGAGCAGAUACCUACGUCAAACUUGCAAACAGGAUCUUUGGAUACUUUUCCUGGGUAUCUUGGAUCACAAAUGCUGCCAAUAGGAAGUCAGCAGACCAGCCAGAUGGAAAUUCAGCCAUACAGGUCGAUCUCACAGCCGUUUUUGGCCCCUCAUAAUUCAUCAGGGAUUAUGGUAAAUGUGAUAAAUAAUUUAGAUUCACAGCAGUUGUCGGUGAAGCGUAAGGCACCUAUGGAAGCUAUGCCCAAUAGUCCUGCAAUGCAGAAGAUGUUAAUGCCGAAUAAGAGAAUGAUGCAAAUGGAACACAGGCCAUGGUUGCAGCAACCAUCUGCACCAAAUAAAAGAGUUUUACCGGUGCAAUCUUCUUUCAGUUCUCCACGAGCACAAUAUUCGCCAGCACCAACUAAGAAAACAGUGCGCAUGGACUCCAUAACUAGUAAAUCUGCUCAACAAACAACUCAAAAAAAUCUACCAGCACAGAUGCAGCAAAAUUCAAAGGCUCGAAACGAGACACUUGAAUCUGUUAGAUCCAAAAUGAGGGAGUCAUUGGCUUCUGCAUUGUCCUUGGUUUUUCAGCAGCAAAGUGAGCCUUCUAAGGUGGUUAAACCUUCUCAGAUUGAAUCUUCAAGUACUCCUGCUAAGUCUGUGGAUGUUUCGCAAGCCAUGGAAUCCACUUCUAUUGGUUCUGGAGUUGUUUCCCAUGUGUCUGAAGGGACCAUGCAGGCGUUGACCUCCAGUGAUGAAUGUUCUGCUCAGAAGUGUGCUGAUGAUCAACUUAUCUCUCAAAGAAGCUCACCUGAGAGAAAGACGGGGGAUGAACAAGAAUCUCAAGUGAACAAUGUUCUCCAACAGGAGGAUGUUUCAUUUAGUGACAACAUUUUUGCCAAAGAUGAACUUUUGCAAGGAAAUGGCCUUUCCUGGGUAAUGGAUCCUGAAACAGAUGGUGGGGUGAAAAAUGAAAUUCAAACAGCUGAAAUUCAGAGGCCUGAAAAUAAAGUGAAUGGAAAUGAGGAAGAAGAAUCAGGUCAGUCUGUGCAGCUUUUGGCAUUCAAGAUUGAAGUGGAACUGUUUAAAUUGUUUGGUGGUGUCAAUAAGAAGUAUAAAGAGAGAGGUAGGUCUCUUUUGUUCAAUUUAAAGGAUCGGAAUAACCCAGAAUUAAGAGAAAGAGUAAUCUCUGGAGUAAUUACUCCAGAGAAACUCUGCUCUAUGACGGCAGAGGAACUUGCUUCAAAGGAGCUUUCUCAGUGGCGACAAGCAAAAGCUGAAGAGAUGGCUCAAAUGGUGGUUCUGCCAGACGCAGACAUCCGGCGGCUGGUAAAAAAAACACACAAGGGUGAGUUUCAAGUAGAAGUUGAACAAGUUGAUAGUGGUUUAAUGGAGGUUUCUGUUGCAGCAAGUUCAGUAGUUCAGGUUCAAUCAAAACCUAAGGAUGCAGGAUCGCUGCCUCCUGCAAAAUUUAUAAAGAAAGAUGAAGUGAACUUUUCCAAUGGAAAGAAAAAUUCAGUGGAUCAGGGUACUGAUUGCACAAUCACUAUACCCUCAACUGAGGGUAACGAUCUAAUGCAAGGACUGAUUGUGGAUGAUGGAUUGAAAGAUGCCGAAUUUCUUCCGCCAAUUGUCUCUCUUGAUGAGUUCAUGGAAUCCUUACAUUCAGAGCCACCGUUUGAAAAUUUACCUGCAGAUACUGGAAAGGUUAUGCCUGUAUCAGGAAAGAAUGACUCAGAAGUUGGUUCCAAGUCAAAAUCCGCUGCUCGGACUAAACAGGAUAUCAUCAAUGCUGUACUACAGAAUCGUGAAACUACUGAUGCACGUUCCCGAAAAUGUGACGUUGAUUCGAAACCCAAAGGUUCUGAUAUAAAAUCAGAAACGAAACUUCCUGUUGUGUUGCCUAAGGGAGAUCAUGUAUGGGAUGGUUUACUUCAGCUGAGUAUCUCCACCACAACUUCGGUUAUGGGUAUUUAUAAAAGUGGGGAAAAAUCACCCUCCAAAGAGUGGCCUGACUAUCUUGAGGUGAAGGGAAGGGUCAGGCUAGAUGCAUUUGAGAAGUUUCUCCAAGAACUCCCAAUGUCCCGAAGUCGAGCUGUAAUGGUGAUGCACUUGGUUGAAAAGGAGAGAUCGCCUAAAAGUGAAAGUGAAACUGGCAGUCUGUCUGAGGCGGCUAAUUCUUAUGUUACUGACGGGAGAGUUGGUUUUGCUGAACCUGCCCCCGGAGUGGAACUUUAUUUAUGCCCACCUCAUGCUAAAAUUCUGGAAAUGCUCAGCAAGAUCCUCCCAAAGGAUCAACUGGAGGCUCUUAUUACUUUAGAUAAUGGUCUAAUUGGUGUUGUUGUAUGGCGAAGGCCUCAAUUAACUUCUACUGCUAUGUCCCCCAACUCAACAUCACACCCUAAACACACCUCAAAAAAGCAACACUCCAAUACCAGGAGACAUCAUGAAAAGGAUACUACAAACAUGAAUGUUAAUUACACAUCUAAACCUACUGCUGGGCUUUCUGCCUAUAAUACACCACCUUCUCAGGAUGAUGAUGAUGUCCCUCCUGGGUUUGGCCCUGCAGCCUCCCGGGAUGAGGAUGACCUCCCAGAGUUUAACUUCUCUGGUCGCCAUUAUUCUGCAGAAACCCUAUCUCGGGGCCCAGCUUCAACCCCCAUACACCCACCUUCUAAGACUCCAACCUUAGGUGUAAAUCAAAUGAGGGAGCUCAUUCAAAAGUAUGGGCAACCUGAUGCUGAUGUUAAUGUCCCUACGGGGAACUGGCAGAAUGAAAUACGUACUGGAGGGGCUGCAAUUCAGCCUUGGAAUGAUGACGACGAUGACGAUGAUAUUCCAGAGUGGCAACCGCAACACCAGCUACCUCAACCUCCAAACCCAGUUCAAAACUUUGGCGGCCACAUGGUCAGCCAAGGGCACGGUGUACCAACGCAUCUGUUGAGACCUCCUUCUCAACAGAUACAGCAGGGUGCUUGGCGGGUUCCUCCGACUGAUCUCCGUUUUUGUCAACCUAAUGGAGGACAACACUAUGGGGGCGUUGGCUGGCCGAAGGAUGCCCCCAAAAGUAGAGGAUUUUGAGUUGUUUCAUUGUAAAUAUUAUUUUGUCAGCCAUAAUGUGUAAUACAUCGGCUCUUUUGUUAGUUCCUUACACCAGAAGCACUAAAUUUUGGCUUGCUUGUGUAUGCAAUGUUGUCAAAAGGGAGAUUUUUAUGAACUCAACCGGCCUUGUUUUUGUUUAGACGAAAGUAAAAGAUAAACAAAAAUCGUUUGAUGGAGAUAUUACACAUUAUAUCUUGGUCAGCGACAAAACUAAAA